GAGAGAGAGAGAGAUACAGAGAGAGAGCAAGAGAGAGUGAGAGAGAAAGCGAGAGGGAGGGAUAGAGACACAGAGACUCCAGAAGAGAAGCACAUGUUGUGAAUAACCACUGAAGGCAGAGAUGAAGGGAUGGAGCCAAGAAAUAAAAAGAAAAACGAUUCAGGAGAGGAGAUGAGGCGAAGAGAGAGAGCAAGAGAGAGGAGAGACGGAGAAGAAGAAAGAAAGCAUCAGUCCUUUUUCACUCUCAUCCCGCAGCAGACGCUCCACUGAAUCAUGCUGAUAAGCCGAUCCGUACUGCUCGUCCUCAGCUCGUGUGUGUGCCUGACUGUGUGUGUGGAGAACGCAGACACUCCGGCUCCUCGGAUGGUGACAGAGCGACAAGGCAACUCAUCAUCUCCCACCGAAGCCUCUCAGAGUACAGACAGACACAGGGAUGCUUUUAAACAAGAGCAGGAGGAUAACAAGGAGCCAAGAUCCUCACACAGAGACGAGAUUAAAGGCAGUGUCUCAGAAAGCACCACGUCUGCACUUUCCCUUCAGCAAAGCAGCAAAAACUCUAAUCUAGGCUCAAAGACAGACACCACAAUCGAUUCCACCGAUAUCCCAAAGCCCCUGAGUUUCCAGGAAGUGAUGAAUGGAACAGUCCGUCUCUCCAGGAGACGCAGGAGCUGGAUCUGGAACCAGUUUUUCGUUAUCGAAGAGUACAGUGGACCGGAACCGGUUCUGCUCGGACGGCUGCGCUCCAGUGUGGACCGAGGUGAUGGGCGUGUCCUGUAUGUCCUGAGCGGUGAGGGGGCAGGGUCAGUGUUUGUGAUUGAUGGCCGAACAGGGAACAUCCAUGUGACAAAGCCUCUGGACCGCGAGCAGAAGGAUCAGUACAGGCUCGUCGCCACGGCAACGGACCAGCGGACGGGUCGCGUGCUUGAGGCCUCGUCCCAAUUCACCAUCAGAGUGCAGGACAUAAAUGACAACCCACCUGUGUUCAAGCACACGCACUACAUCGCCAGCGUGCCUGAGAGAGCCAGCGCUGGGACGUCUGUGAUUCAGGUGACAGCGACAGACGCAGACGAUCAGUCGUAUGGGAACAGUGCGAAGCUUGUUUACUCCAUCAUCCAGGGCCAGCAGUAUUUCACUGUGGACCCGCAGUCAGGUGUCGUGCGGACUGCGGUGUCUGACAUGGACAGAGAGCAGCAGUCUCAGUACAUCGUGGUCUUGGAGGCAAGAGACAUGGCGGGACAUCAGGGGGGUCUAACAGGAACAACCACCAUCACUGUGCACCUCAGCGACGUCAAUGACAGCCCGCCACGCUUCACUCAACGCAUGUGGACGUUCUCGGUGUCAGAGUUAGCACUCCCCGGUGCUGAAGUGGGCCGUGUGAGUGCUACAGAUGCUGAUGUGGGUGAGAACGCUCGACUCGAAUUUACCAUUUUGGACGGAGAUGGGGAGGAAAUGUUCAACAUCACAGAACUGAACCAAGAGGGCGUGAUUUUACUCAACCAGGCAUUAGACUUCGAGACAUGCAGCUCGUACACACUCUCGGUGGAGGUCCAGAACCCGAGCUUGGAUAUGCGCUUCCUCCGUGGCGGUGUGUUUAAGGACGAGGCGGUGGUGAGGAUCGCCGUCCUGAACGCAGACGAGCCGCCGCACUUCACUCGCGAUCAUUACACGCUGAACAUCACGGAGAACUGCAGAGUGCCGUGCAGCGUGGGACGAGUUCACGCCGUGGACCCCGAUACAGGACACAGCACCAAUAUAGAGUACUCGAUUGCCCCUGCGUCUGACCCCGGGGCUGUGUUUCGUAUCUCUCCUGUUAGUGGCCUCAUUACCACGGUGAAGGUGUUGGAUCGAGAGCGUGAGCAGUGGCACAACAUCACCGUCACUGCCACUCAGAGAGACAGCCUCAAUCAGGUUACCAGGGUAGUGGUUGCCAUAGAAACGCUGGAUGUGAAUGACAACCCCCCUGAGCUGGAUGGACCAUAUGAGACGGCAGUGUGUGACACCAGCACCGCCGGACAGGUGGUGCAGGUGAUCCGAGCUAUAGACAGAGACCAGAUCAGCUCCAGUUUACCCGUACACUUCAGUGUGUCUUCACACAGCAGCCUGUCUCUGAACUUCACCACUCAGGCGAGAGGAAAUCACACAGCCAAUCUGCUGCUCCUGUCCUCUCUGAAGCCCCUCCCUCGCCCCGCCUCUUCUCUUUUACACAUUGUAAAAGUACCCAUAAUCCUCCGGGACAGAGCGUCGGAGCUGAGCAGCACGGGGACGGUGACGGUGACGCUGUGCCCCUGUCAGAAUGGAGGGAUGUGGGUGGAGGAGAGAAGGAGAGGGAUGGAGGGAGGGAGGAGUGGUGAUGGAGAGGUGCUGAUGGAGUGGGAGAGACAGAAGGUUUGUUCGUCUCUGCCAACUUCCUCCAUGCUGCUGGGCUUCAGCUCGGCCGCCAUGUUGGCCAUCCUGGCCUGUUCCUCCGUCCUCAUGGUAGUGGUGGUGUUGUCUCUGUCUAUGCGGAGGAAGAAGAGUGACUCUCUCUCUCCGGUGGAGAACGAUGAGAUCAGAGAGAACAUUAUUACAUAUGAUGAUGAAGGUGGAGGAGAGGAAGACACAGCUGCGUUUGACAUCACUGCGCUGAAGAGCGUCCCACAUGCCAUACACACGCGAGGUGUUGGUUCCGUCCCGCUGUACGCUCCUCUGUGCUACAGCAUACACACGGCGAGCGAGAGCCCGUUUGGCCGGUGUGAGUCUCGGCUGGACCGGGAUAAACCCGCACACACACUCCCCAGCGGAUACACACUGAACAUGGGGCUGUUAGAACCAGGUUCUACUCUCACAGAACCGGCUGAAGAGUGUAAGAGAUCAGAUCAGAACAGGACUGAAGAUUCUGCUGAUAUCAUGCUGAAAAAGAGGCAGGCAGGAAGUGAUGUCAUCACUCAAGAUCAGUCUCCGUUAAUCCUAAAUGACUCUGCAGAUCAUCUGGUCGCAUCUCGUACAGCUCACCUCCACUCCUCCGUCUCCUCAUCUGUCGCUCCAGAUGACAUCACGCCUCCGCACAGCACAGGAAACAGCACAGCUCCGUUCAGAACCAUGGAGGGAACGUUACUGAGAGCUGGAGGAGGGAUACAUCUGACUGGAGCUCCUUUUUUGUACCUGAAUACAGGACAGGACUACGUUCAGCACCUGGUCGGGCUACAUGUUGGAGGGCGGAGCUUCUUUAGACCUGAUUUAGGGGGCGUGGCUGUCCCUGUGACUCUUAGAAUAGAUGAAUUACUGCAGCACCGACUCACCCGAGUGACCUUUGACCCCAUGCAGCCUCCGUACGAUUCACUGCAGAUGUAUGAGCACGAGGGGGCAGAGUCAGAGACCGCCUCCCUCAGCUCUUUGGAGAGUGAAGGAGAUGGAGGGAUGGAGGGAGAGGGGUUAAUUGAUUGGGGGCCCAAGUUUAACAAGCUGCUGGAGAUCUUUAGAGAGAGGGAACAGGAGAAAGAUGGAGAGAAGAAAGAGGAGGAGGAAACGGAGGAGAGACAAAUACAUGGAGAGCAGCAGAAGAGUGUGGAGGACAUGGAUGGAAAACAAGCAGUACAGAAGGAACUAGAUAGCAGAAAGGAUGGAGAGAAUAAAGAAUGAUUUCUCUUCAGAGAGAGGAGAAAGCGUGAUAGAACAAGUUGCUGGAGAACAUGAGAGAUGAUGGAAUUAUAGGCAAGGAAAAAGAGGAGGGGCGAGGAGGUUAAGCGAAAAGAAAUAAGCUUGUUAAUGGAAAGAAAGAAAGAAAGAAAGAGGAAGAUAGAAGGGUGAGAGAGAAGACGAGAGAGGAGGGUUGAGCUGGUGGAGAUCUUUAGGGAAAGAAGAGUGAGGUGAGAUGAGAAAAGAAAGAAGAACUGAGGUGAAGGGACGAAUGGAAGAGAAGAAUAAACAGGCAGGAAGGGGAGGCAAAAAGAAAUAGAAGGUGGAAGGAAGAGACAGAGGGAGAGAGAUGGAAAGAGAGAGGGACAGAGAAAGAGCAAAGGCUAUUCUAGCGAUCAUAGGUAUUGUGUGCCAUGGAGGUUGAACAAAGUUGCAGGCAGAGUCUCAGAAAGCUGUCAAUCAAGUGUGCUCAUUAGAAUAUUAGGCCACGCCCACACCUAAAGACUGAGUUCAGCUGCUGUUUGAGUGUUUAUGACAUUUCUUUUCUCUCUAUAAUAUAGCACUGAAGUUUGAUUUCAUACAAACAUGUUUAAUAUUUUACACCUCCUUCCCCACGACUAUGAGAGAUUACAGAGUGAGAAGUUACAAAACAGCUGAAAUAUUGAUCUGGCCAUGCGAGCAGCAUUGUGUUAAAAAAUUAAUAAAUAAAAUGGGCCUCAUAAAAAAUGCACGGUCCUCCAAAUCCAAGGAAAUAGAAACGUCUGUCCCACAGGAUAGAAACAAAAAUCAGGUUUUAGGCAGAGCAAGAAUAAAAGUGUUCCUUUAGAGAAAGUCACAAGUGAACCUGCAUGCGCACACACCACACACACACACACACACACACACACAAACCCUUCUGUAUGUGCAUAACUUGGUAAAACUCCUUCCAACGCCCUUCACUUGACAGAGCCAAACUCCAGACGUUACACAUCACUAGUGAGCGAGUGAGAAAUCAAGCUCAUGCUAAACUAUUUAGUACACAAGAAAAAGUGUCUUAUCAGUCAGAAAAGCUUUCAGAAUGUCUUCCAUUCUUCCUUCCAGGCUUUAUGUAUCUCCAGUCAGUUGCUUUUGUGCUGUGAUUAUUAAGCAGCAUUUGAAGAGCUUUAGCAACCUCAUUGUUCUCCAUUUCCAUCUCGAGGAACAGACAGAGGAACACGAGUGAAACAAGCGAGGCAGCAAAAUUCACAAACUGCUGCAGAUCUCUCAGAUCUCUCUCAAUCCUUUAUUAAUAAUGCAUUAUAAAUGCAUUCAUAACAUCUUAUAUGAUUCGUAUAAUUACCUUAUCAUGCCUGGCUUAAGCCUGUAAAAAUGUGUAUAAAUUAUAGUUACUAUAAUUGCACUUUAUAACACGAGUGUAUGACUUCAUCAUGCCCCGCCCUCCACAUAACACAUUAUGAUAUCUGUACAUAAGGAGUAUUAAUGUUAUAAUACACAUUAUCGUUUCUAUAGUAACGGCUCAUUCCCAGGGACUUGUACAGCAAACACUCCACUGAUAAUAAACAGGUUAAAAAAACAUGUAAUUGUUGAUGUGGUGAAGUUUUCUAUAAGGAGAAACAUGUUUAUGGAAGGAGUCUCCAGUGUCAGCGCUUUGUAACAGUCAGAGGUAAAGCUGUAACUUCAUCUUCUUUGCGGUUUCUCGGUAACGUGACUUUUGAGAGAGAGAAAGGAGAGGCUGGUGAGGGAACGAGUGUUUAUAGCUGCUAUAACGUAAGUGACAACAGGAACUAACCUGUUUCACAGACGUUCCACGGCAUUAAAUGUAACUAUAAAUGGAUAAAAGCAUGAUGUGUCAUUCUUUAACAAUAAAAAUUUUAAUUGUUGGCAAAUUGUUGCAGAUAAUUUUUUAUUUAUUAAACAAUGACACAAUGUCAUAGCUUUUAUCCGUUUAUAGUUACAUUAAACAUUGUGGAAGUUUCACAAGUUUUGUGACAAAUUGCUGUUAUAGAAAAUUAUUAUUCAACACCUUCUGACCAAUCAGAUUCAAGAAUUCAACAGCGCUGUGGUAUAAAGUGAUUUUAAUUCCUGAAAGUCGGCCACUCCAACAGAAGAUAACACUUUUUUAUUUAACGUCAUGAUCAUGAUGCCACUCAUCGCAUGUUUAUCACCACAAACAGCAAACUGCGACUGAAAAUCAUGCUUUCACUGGGAUGAUUCAUGAAGUAUGGAGUUUCCUUCUGGUCUUUACAGG